AUGGCUUCACUUCACCUCAACGACAAUAAACAAAUAUUAGAUGUCGAGCUCACAGACACUCCAGGAUCAUCAUCACCAAAAAUCUUCGACGACGGCGUCAGUCGUGUUCCGGAGAAGUACAGAGGAACGUCUGCGGACAAACGGGACAUGACGAUUAUGGGCAAGAAGCAGGUGCUGAGACGAAACUUCAGUUUCAUUACAAUGCUCGGCUUCGCAUCUACAUGUGUAGCUAGCUGGGAAGGUAUACUUACAUACCUUGGAUUCGUUCUGACUGACGGUGGCACUCCGCUUCUGUUCUGGGGCUUUAUUGCAUGUGCCGCUGGACAAACCCUGGUGUAUGCUAGUAUAGCAGAAAUGGCUUCUAUGUCACCCACGGCCGGUGGCCAAUACCACUGGGUGUCAGAGUUUGCCCCUCCACGAAUGCAGAAGAUACUCAGCUACUUUUCCGGCUGGCUCACUGCCAUUGGCUGGCAGGUGUAUCUUGCCAGCGUGUGCUUCUUGGUUGGCACAAUCAUUCAGGGACUGAUCGUACUGAAUGACCCAACCUAUGUCUACGAAAGGUGGCACGGGACCUUAUUGUCCAUCUCUAUCGUUGUCUUCUGCAUUAUUUUCAACACAGCCCUUGCGUCGCGACUACCCAUUAUAGAGGGCAUGGUCCUAAUCCUCCACAUUUUGGGCUUCUUCGCUAUCAUUAUCCCACUCUGGAUCAUGGCUCCACGCGGAAAUGGACACGUGGUUCUGCUGGAAUUUACGAACUACGGCGGUUGGUCGAGCACAGGUCUAUCGGCAAUGAUCGGCUUACUUGCUCCCAUGGCCGUCCUCGUCGGCUACGACUCGGAAGAAAUCAAAGAUGCCUCCGUCACCCUCCCCCGCGCCAUCAUGGGCUCCGUCGUCGUCAACAUCACUCUCGUGUUCGUCGUGAUUGUCACCGUUUGUUUCACGCUCGGUGAUGCCGCCAGCGUUCUCGCAUCUCCCACCGGCUAUCCCUUUAUCCAAGUCUUCUACAAUGCAACCCAAUCAUACGCCGGCACCAAUGUUAUGACCGCCAUCAUCAUCAUCAUGCUCUCUGCAUGCGCCGUAUCCGAAGUGGCCGCUGCCUCCCGCCAGAUCUGGUCUUUUGCUCGCGACUCCGGUCUGCCCGGCCACAGCUGGCUCUCCAGGGUUUCUCCCGGCUGGAACAUCCCCCUCCCUGCCGUCACCGUUUCCCUCACCGUCUCCGCACUUCUCUCCCUCAUCAACAUCGGCUCCACCGUCGCUCUCAACGCCAUCACCUCGCUUGGCGCCAUCGCCGUUCUAACCUCCUAUUUCCUCACCAUCAGCUGCAUCGUCUACCGCCGUCUCCACGGACCGGCCCUUCCUACACGUCGCUGGUCGCUCGGAAGGUGGGGCCUUGCCAUCAAUUGCGCAGCGUUAGUGUUCCUCAUACCAUUGAUCUUCUUCCUCACCUGGCCGCUUGUGACGCCUGUCACAGCGACGACGAUGAACUGGUCGAGUGUCAUGCUGUGCAGUACUUUGAUUAUUGCGGUGAUAUACUAUGUGGUCAAGGGGAGGAAAGAGUAUGUUCCGCCCGUGAUGCAUGUCAAGCGUGAAGAAUGA